AUGUUAAAUCCCACUGAAUUCUUCGCGGACAUUGUGGUUGAGCAUGAAUAUGUUGAGUGCACUUCAUCUGCAAUUCAGGCUUUGGUUCUGUUUAAGAAGUUGUACCCUGGGCACAGAAGGAAAGAGAUUGAUCAUUUCAUUACCAAUGCUACGCAGUACCUUGAAAGUAUGGAAAUUGGGGAGUUUGCUUCACAUACAUAUGGUUCCUGGUUUGCCCUUGGAGGGUUAGCAGCUGCGGGCAAGACUUUCAAUAAUUGUUUAGCCAUGCGCAAAGGGGUUAACUUUCUACUCAAAACACAGAGAGAGAAUGGUGGUCGGGGAGAGAGCUACCUUUCAUGUCCCAAAAAGGAGUACGUUCCGCUCGAAGGAAACCGAUCAAAUUUAGUACACACUGGAUGGGCUAUGAUGGGUCUGAUUCAUGCUGGACAGGCAGACAGAGACCCUGCACCUCUUCAUCGUGCGGCAAAGUUGAUUAUCAAUUCUCAAGCGGAAAAUGGGGAUUUUCCCCAACAGGAAAUCACAGGGGUGUUCAUGAAGAACUGCAUGCUACAUUAUGCAGCUUACAUAAAUAUUUACCCUCUGUGGGCUCUUGCAGGGUACCGCAAGUGCGUCCCAUUCCCUUCCAAAACCUAA